GGGAAGGAUUUCACCUUUGCAAAUGAAGUUGUCAGCUUGCAGGGGUGGAUGCCGGCCCUUUUGUGUGUAGCUCCAGCAUGCAGUCGAAGAGGCUUACCACUGAGCCUCCAUGUAUAACAGAAGACGUGUUUGAAGACUGCUUAGCCACAGAUGAUAUGCUUGUGGACUACUUCAAUGAAUUUUUGAGUCUUCCAACUUUUGCCCAGCCAGUUAAAUUUAACCCUGACUUUGGGGUUUUUGAAGUAGUUAAUGAUGCCCCACAACGCCUGGAAAACCAGCUGAAAAAAGUUCUACAUGAUCAGAAACCUCCAAACCCCAUUUAUGAUGUUAUAAGGAAAGCAAAGAAUGAUGGGCAGCUUUCCAAAAAGAUCAGCGCUUCUCCAGUCUUCAAUAUUGAUCCAAAUUACAACACUAUGCGCCUUGAUCGAGAACAAGCAGUGCAGUGGAUUAAGAAAGAAAGACUUCCAGCUUUUCUAGAAAGUGAUUGCUACUUCGAAUACAGGCUAGCUAAAUUGAUAUCACAAGUAGAAUGGAGCCAGACUGGCAUUAAUUUCAUUAUAGACAGUAACUAUUAUCCCUGGAUAAGGAAGGAAGUUCCUAGUCCUCCCUCUCCUGAAGAGGAUGAGACUUCAUUCACUAUGAAGAAGUUCUAUGUAUCACUUGGCCAGGCUACAGUUUCUCAGACAAAGGAUUGGUUUACGUUAGCACAGGAAAGUGAUUGCACAAAAACUACAGAUUCAUUUACGCGUCCCGUAGCUUCUAGUCAAAUUCACGAUAUUCAGCAUUUGCCUGAGAUGCAUGAAAGAGAUGAUUCAUUAAGUGACAAAACUGGCCUAGCCACCAGCCAGUCUGCCGAGAUUGAGAGUGACGUGGAUUUCCAUAAACAGCCUGAAGUGUUUGCACACGAGUUAGCAGAUAAUGAAGUUGCCUGUGGUACAGCAGAGCCACUCUUUUCCCAAAGUUCUUCUCCAUUUACAGUCUUAGACUCCACAAGAGAUGUAAGAGAACAGGAUACUGAAGAAGUGAGCUUAAGAUCAAGUUCUGAAAGUGAUGGGGCUGACAGUAGGGCUGCCUGGUGUAUUAGCCACAAAACGUAUGAUGCCGGCAACAGAAAUGAGUUUGAAAGAUUCAAGAAAUUCAUUAAAGGAACACUUGGGGAAAGGUAUUGGUGUCUCUGGAUGGAUAUUGAGAGACUAAAGGUUCUUAAGGACACUACAAGGCAACAAAGGCAACUUGAUAGGAUGAAAAAAUUCUAUCUGCUGAGCAGUGGAGACUAUUUCCUCACUUCUGAAGUGUUAUUCAGACUUGAUCUGCUACGUGGAGAUCAGUGGAAUAUAAAGCAUUUAAGGCGUAUUCAGCCUGAAGUAGUGAAACCUCUUCUUCUUUACUGGGGUCCCAGAUUCUGUGUCACUCAUUCAACAGCAAUAGAUACUGCCAGUGCACAACUGAAGUUCUGGCACACGUGCCAGGAGAGACCGAGGGUAGACAUUGAUCCUUUCCCACAAAUGGUAUCAUUGCUGCCAUUGACACCUAAAUCUUGCGUGCCCAGAAUGCUUCCUCAGCUAAUUCAUAGGGAUAAUGGAGGAAAAACAGUGGGAGAGAUUUCCUGUUCAGAAGCAGCUGAGUUCAGGAUGAGAUUCCCAUUGAGCACAGCAGGAAUGGGCCAGAAGCAGCUGCUUCUUACAGAGACCAGUUCUGGCUUCACGAGGUGUGCUAAUGACCCAGGAAUAGCUAGAAGUAGAACCAGCACACCAACAUUUUUGAAACUAGCCACACCAGAUUUCUCUUUGAAGAAUUCAUCAAGGUUAUCACCUAUUUUGUCAUCACGUCAGAGCCCCCAAAGGGAUGACUUUUCUAGCAGUAGAAAGUGGCCAAAGUCAGUGAGCAGGGACGUGAUACCUUGUAUAACUUUGGAUGACUCUACAGAAGUGAAAUACCAGGCUCGUAGAAAGUACACCUAUGCUGAGUUGCUCCCAGAACCACCUAUGGGAUACUAUGGUCAUUUUGCUGCUCUACGCACCUUAAGUCAUCAGAUUUACUCCAUAAAACAUGAAUAUUUAAUAGGAAAAAGUGCUGCUGGCAGUGCUGUCUUAGGGAGAUCAAUAAUGGAAAGCAUGCUGCAGUCUCUUUAUUUGGAGAGCAGAGCAGGCUACUACUUCACACACUUCUGUGAGAAGUCAGGGAAUAAGUUGUGGAAGAACAGUGCGUACUUUUGGGCUGACCUACAGGCUUAUCAUCAGCUUUUCUACCAAGAAACUCUUCAUCCCUUCAAAAUAUGCAAGCAAGCUCAAUUCCUUUAUGCAACUUACAUUGCCCCAUCUGCCAGUAUGGACAUUGGACUUCAUCAGAGGAAGAAAAACAUGAUUUAUCAGAAAAUUGACCCAGCUUUUGAGGAUCUUUUUGACUUAGCAGAAGAAUAUAUCCUCAUUCUUCUGCUAGAACCAUGGAUGAAAAUGGUGGAAGCAGACAAGUACAGUUACGGAAAGGUGGAGUUGGUGGAAGAAACUCGACAGCUGGACUCCGUGUACUUUAGAAAGCUCCAGGCUUUGCAUCAAGAGAGUGUUUCCAAGAAGGAUGAGAGUACUGUUGCUGACACUGGUCUGCCAUCCUGCCCUGAUGUUCUCAAAGUUGCUCAGAACUUGUGUCCAGUUCCCAAAGAAUCGGGAGGUUCUAAUCUGUAUGAUCUGAUCCACGACAAACAGAAGUUAGAAAAGUUCUGGGUUUUUCUUAAUGAGCACUCUGCUGGGAUGGAUCUCAUGUGCUGGGUAGAUAUUGAACAGUUCAGGAGGAUGCUCCACAAGGAUAAAGAAGGAAGGGAGGAAAAGUCCAAGGACAUUAAAAACAAGUACUUGAACAAAAAAUACUUCUUUGGACCCAACAGCCCAGCUACCAGACAGCAACAAGAACAGCUAAUGCAUUCAGGUGGAGGAUGGGGACAAAUCCUUCAUGAUCGGCUUCCUCCAGCGGUUUUGCUAGAAAUUCAGCAGUGCAUCCAGAAGAGAUUAGAAGAACAAUGGCUACCAUUGUUCCUGGCAGAUGAACAACGUGUAUUUUUUGCUACAAAGAAGCUGAAGGAUCAAGUAAAGGACAAAACCGAAGAUCUCCUAAGCCAAAAGCAGGAGAAGACAACUAGGAUGUGGAAGCAUGUGGACAAUAAGUGGGUUUCUUCAUCUAGUGAAAUAAUUGCUUUCCGCAAAGUGCUGUUGAAUCCAGUGACAGCAAAUCAGUUUCAACGCUUUGUGUCCCUGAAAGGAGACCUCCUGGAGAACGGAGUGCUCUUCUGGCAAGAGGUACAGAAGUAUAAGGACUUGUGCCAUUCUCAUUGUGAUGAUGCCACAGUCCAGAAUAAGAUCACGGCUAUCAUCGACCGCUUUAUUAAUUCCACCGUACCCCCAGCUUUGCAGAUUGACAUCCCAACUGAACAAGCACAGAAGAUUUUGGAGCACAGGAAAGAACUAGGACCUUACAUUUUUAGAGAGGCGCAGAUGACUAUUUUUGCUCUUCUGUUUAAAUUUUGGCCAAAAUUUUGUAAGUUUCAAAGCCGUUUGGAUAGUGAUGAAAUUUUGCUUGCCUUGGAGAGAAAAAAAGGAAAAAAGAUGCAAAAGAAGGAAGGCAAAACAUUAGAGGAAAGGCUUGCAAAGCUUCAGGGUAAAGAAGUGGAUGCAAACCUCAUCAAUCUGCCAAGUAGUGCUCUGGGACGAGAUACUGGCAUGGGGAGAAGACCAACAUCAUUUUCAGAUGGAUAUGACUGGCAGACUUCCUGGUCCUAUUCCAAGUACAUAGAAGCCUUGGAGCAGGAGAGAGUACUCCUUAAAACGCAAGAAGAUGUGGAGAAAAAUUCAUCAUCAUUCUUUACAGGUACCUCAUCUACGUCCUUCAUGAAGGCUAGAAACUCUGAAAAACCCACCAUUUCUCCAAAGAGGAGCGUGACUUUGGAGAAACGCUCAGAUCCUCCCAAAGAAACAGAAAGCAGAUUAAAAUCUCCCUGAGGAAGGAAAUGCAGAGACAUUCACCACAGGUGGGCAGGAGACACAGAACUAAUGUGCGUGCAAGGUUUGUACUCAAUUUCCAGAGCAAAGACAACGACUUUGAACAUUAUUAAGAACCAUGAGGCAUUAGUCAAGGGUAGAAAAGAAACAUCUUCCAAUAUAUUCCCUAUCAACAUGAUUGUGAAACUGCCUCUUGUGUCAUUUAUUAGUUUAACAGUACGCCUUGGAGGCUCAGCUUAGAGCAAGAUUCCACUGAAGUAUGCACAAUACAAACAAUGACGUAGUCUUGGUCCUAAUGAUCUUAUAACCAAGCCUAGUUCUUCAGCACCUAAUCUGAUGAAAAAGUAAAACACUGCGUUAACUGAUAGCUCUGAAGCAGAGUGUCUCAGCAUGCUAUGGUCUCAGUACUGCAAUUCACACAGCUUCUGGUCAUCAAGAAUAACCCAUGAAGUGUCUGAACUAUUCUAAAAACAAACCCUAUUGUGAUUUUUUCCCAGUCCAGUCUGAUUCCUGGUCCAAAGUACACCUUCUGCCUCAUUUCUCAGUUUUGAUCCACAUGAAAGACUCAACAUAUAUCAGGACACCGAUCUGAUUGAUAACUUUUGCAAAAUGUCAUUCUUCCUGAGGUGUAAUUCACUGGAAGGCUGCAGGAAUUCAUAGCUCUUGGGUAGCUCUCCCUUCUUUCUUACUUCCUUUUAAAACUUGAGUCUUAAAACUAAGUUGUAAAAAGAGCUGGAACAGAGUUGAUAGUGGGGAGUGAAGGAAGGGCAGGGGCAGAAUUAGCUGCUGGGCAGGGGACAGGAUGAUGAUAGACCUCUCCACAUUUUCCAGACCACUUUAAACACCAGUCCCCAGCCACAGCAUUGUUGGCUCCAUUCUCCUCUACAUGUAACGCAUGUAAGAGAGAAGCAGAUCAGGGAGCUCCAGCUUGCUGAGUUCCUGAUGACUUAUUCCUGAGCUAGGGGUGGGAUUGUCUUCUGCUCCCCCUCCCAACCUCCUGGACAAGAAGAAGGAGCUAUGCAGCCCUCUGUGAGUUAUCAGAAGUCAAGGACCUUCACGUGGAGCUCCUAGAUCACCUGGCCAAGGACAAUUCGUGAGUGUUUUCCUCUUCAGUGUGGAGUGACAGUUGAAGACAACUGACACAAACACAAUGACCCAGAAUUGUAUGGGAUUUCCACCAGAAGUUCCUUUAGAGAACCUGGCAGGGAAGGAACACAUGCACGUUUAUGGCUAUAGCUCUUCUGCCAUAUAACCUCACAGAAAGAACAUGGGAGAUCACUGUUUUGGUUCCUACUUUCCCUACAGUUCAGAUACAGAGUUUGCUUCAUGCUUAUCUCUGUUCCUUCUGUGUCUGGCUUGUUUAAUCUCAAGGUAUUACCCAAGAAGGACAUCUUGAGUAGAAGCCACAACAAGGGAGUAAAACAAAGUUCCUGUUCCUUUUUUUCGUGUUAUCCCAAAUUUCACAGAUGCACUGAACUGUAAUGCUCAGUACAUCUGAGGAGGGAGGAACACAGCAUCUUGCAGUGAGCAGAGCACAUGUGGUGCCGUGUGGCCUACCACUCAUUAAUGUGAAAGGCGAAGAAUCGUCAUGAAACGCCACAAAUGCAGCGCUGUGUGUCAGUCUGAAAAACAUACAAAAGGCCACAUCAUACUGCCACGAUCACUACACUGCAUGCAACCAAACGCUGCAGCACAGCACUUGGUUUCUGUUUUGUCGUACUCUUGCCUUCGUGGCAUUUUGAGACAGA